GCAGCAAACACAAAGCUCCCAAUACCAAAACACCAAUCCAAAGUCCAAACAAAGAAAGAGACUACCUUUUGCAAGCUAGCUGUUUGGUUUUCAUGGAGGCAUUCAAGAUCAAGCUCUUUGUUGUUGUGGCUGUGCUACUUGUUGCUAUUUCCAGCAAUGGUGUGCUUCAAAUUUCCAAUGCCCAAACCAUAUGCAAUGUUUCUGUUUCUGGGCUAAUGGCAUGCAAAUCAGCUGUGACUCCUCCAAAUCCUACAACACCUUCAACUAAUUGCUGCACUGCACUCUCACAUGCCGAUCUUCGUUGUCUUUGCUCAUACAGGAACUCAAACCUGUUGCCUUCACUUGGAAUUGAUCCAAACCUUGCCAUGCAGCUCCCUGGAAAGUGCAAACUUCCUCACGCUGCUCAUUGCUAAGCUAAGCUAUGAAUUAGCAAAAAGCUGAAGUUAGAUCAUUUUCAAUAAUGCUCAACUUUGAAUGAUCUUCUUGAGCAUUAGAAGUUGUGAGCACAUAUAUUAUCAAUUGUUGUCUCUUUCAAUAUAUUGUCAGGUUUGUGAGUUCUUGCAUGUUAUAGUUAUAUAUUGUGAUAUCAAAUGUAAUGCAGUAUCUGUAUUUGUAUUGAGUUAUUUCACUGUCAUAUCAUAUAGAUGUUUUGUACUUUUGUCCUCUCUUGUACACCCUUAUAACACAAACAGAAAGAAGAGGGACCAUUAUCUA